AUGCAGAAUAAGAGAAUGCUGGAAUGGAAGAAUGUCACACGCCAGUGUGCUGUUCUUGUCAAACCUUUCUCAAGAGAGGUUGAGAGGUUGACAGGGUUUAGGGUUCCCUCACAUGAACAACUUCCCAAACUCGAGAAACUCAACAAGGACCCUACAUAUGAAUCCUGGAAGCGAGGCAGUUCGUUCGGUAAAAUUAAAAAUAAGAAUAAUACUGUUCAAAGCCUGACAUAA